CGCCUUGUCUCUGAACUCUGAUCAGAGAUCAAAGAGGUAGCCGUUAAGUUAACGAUGGCUUCCGCCGACCUCGCAGAGGCCAUGGAGCCCGGGAAGAAGAGCAACGUCAAGUAUGCUUCCGUCUGUGCCAUCAUGGCCUCCAUGGCCUGCGUCAUCCUUGGCUACGACAUUGGUGUGAUGAGUGGAGCGGCGAUUUACAUCAAGAAGGACCUGAAGAUCACGGACGUGCAGCUGGAGAUCCUGAUAGGCAUCAUCAGUCUCUACUCGCUCAUCGGAUCCUUCGCUGGCGCGCGGACGUCCGACAGGAUCGGCCGCCGCUUGACCGUCGUCUUCGCCGCGGUCAUCUUUUUCGUGGGCGCGUUGCUCAUGGGCUUCUCCGUCAACUACGGCAUGCUCAUGGUGGGCCGCUUCGUGGCCGGAGUUGGCGUGGGCUACGGGGGCAUGAUCGCGCCCGUGUACACCGCCGAGAUCUCGCCGGCGGCGUCCCGCGGCUUCCUCACGUCCUUCCCUGAAGUCUUCAUCAACCUCGGCAUCCUGCUCGGCUACCUGUCGAACUACGCAUUUGCGGGCCUCCCGCUCCACCUCGGCUGGCGUGUUAUGCUCGGCAUCGGCGCGGCGCCGUCCGCCCUGCUCGCGCUCCUGGUUUUCUGCAUGCCCGAGUCGCCUCGGUGGCUUGUCAUGAAGGGCCGCCUCGCGGACGCCAGGGCGGUGCUAGAGAAGACCUCCGCCUCGCCAGAGGAGGCCGCAGAGCGGCUGGCUGACAUCAAGGUUGCCGCGGGGAUUCCGAAGGACCUCGACGGAGACGUGGUCACCGUACCCAAGGAGCGAAACAGCGGUGAGAUGCAGGUGUGGAAGGACCUCAUCUUGUCCCCGACCCCGGCGAUCCGACGCAUAUUGCUAUCGGCCGUCGGCCUGCACUUCUUCCAGCAGGCUUCUGGCUGCGAUUCUGUCGUGCUGUACAGCCCUAGCGUGUUCAGGAGCGCGGGAAUCACCGGCGACAACAAGCUCCUGGGCGUCACCUGCGCCGUGGGCGUCACCAAGACGCUCUUCAUCCUGGUGGCCACGUUCCUGUUGGACCGCGUGGGGCGUCGGCCUCUGCUACUGACCAGCACGGGUGGAAUGGUCAUCUCGCUCAUCAGCCUCGGGACGGCGCUCACCGUCGUGGGGCAUCACCCGGACGCCAAGAUCCCGUCGGUCGUCGCUCUGUGCAUCGCGUCCACCCUGGCCUUCGUCGCCUUCUUCUCUAUCGGCCUCGGGCCCAUCACGGGAGUGUACAACUCGGAGAUAUUCCCACUGCAGCUGCGCGCGCUGGGCUUUGCGGUCGGCGUGGCGUGCAACCGCGUAACCAGCGCCGUUAUCUCCAUGACCUUCCUGUCCCUCUCCAAGGCUAUUACCAUCGGCGGCAGCUUCUUUCUCUACUCCGGCAUCGCCGCGGUCGGGUGGGUUUUUUUCUUCACGUGCCUUCCGGAGACCCGUGGUCGUACGCUGGAGGAGAUGGGCAAGCUGUUCGGCAUGCCAGACACGGACAUGGCUGAAGCAGACGACACCGCAGCCAAGGAGAAGGUGGUGGAAAUGUCCACCAAGUAGGCAAGUAGAUGGAACGAAAAUACAAUAUUCGGCGGUGCUCGGGCAGAUAGGCAAUGAUUGGUGCAGCGUCGCUUACAAGAGCAGAGCUCAACCCAACACAAACAAAAUAAGGAAAAAAAAACUGAAGCAGCGUGGCAAGAUUGGCCUCUGAGAAUCAGAGAUGUCGUGGUGCACUAGUGCUGCAGGACAGAGACGGCGUGGUCCAGCAAGAGACUUCCGCGAGACAGGCUGCCAAGUGACAGCUAUGAGUCAUUGUUGUCAGAGUCGCGUGUGCUUUGUCAUGAUCGAUGAUGUUUUCGUCCUUAUUUUACAAGAAAAUUCCCUCUCAACGAAUGUAACCAACAAACCAUUCUAUGUUUUUUUGACC